AUGAAGCUGAGGUCCUUGGCAAAGCCACACAUUAUAUGUCACAUCAACUCAGGAACCAAGGCGUCUUUUUGGCAUGACAAUUGGACGGGUUUGGGAUCUCUUAUUGAUAUCAUUGGCCCUCUUGGACCUCAAGUUUCGGGUAUUCUCAUUGAUAGUUCUGUCUCUGAGGCUGUCACCGCGGGAGCAUGGAGACAGACUCGUAGCAGAAGUCCUAUUUUGAGAAGGCUUCGCCAGGCUCUACCUUCUCAAAUCCCGGACAUCGAUUCAUCUGAAGAAGACUAUUAUAUGUGGAGGAUUGCUACAACGGAUCCACCAUCUAUUUUCUCUACUUCUCGUCUUUGGAGCUCUCUGAACCCUUCACCUCCGCCCGUCACUUGGCACAAGGUUGUUUGGUUUAAACAGAGAAUUCCUAAGCAUUCUUUUAUAGUCUGGCUUCUCCUAAAGGGCAGAAUGUUAACGCGAGACAGACUCAGAUCUUGGGGUCUUGCAGUCCCACCAGAUUGCCUUCUCUGUGGUCAUGCGCCAGAGACGGCUAAUCAUCUCUUUUUUCAAUGCCAGUACUCGGCGGCGGUCUGGAACCUCCUGCUAUCAAACCUUCGAAUGGUUCAUCCUUCUAACUUGCAAGAUGUGGUAAAUUGGCUGCGAACUUCUCCGGCAAGGUCCAAUCUUAAACCUGUUUUAAAGUUGGUUUUCCAGGGAGCAGUCUACUUUAUAUGGAGGGAGAGAAACUCGCGUUUGCACUCUGCUGUGAACAAGCCCGCUACUCAAAUUGUCAAAGAAAUUCAGCUUCAAAUCAGAGCCAAGCUAUUGGGGAUGGACAGGGAGAGACCCUCCUCCUCUCAGCUCCGGGAAAAUACUCAGGAAACCUAUCUCUCCAUCUGGUUUGAUCGGUUCCAGGCUUAA